GACGAGAGGAACCAGGCUCUCGACACCAGCGUCGAGGUCGUUGAACGAUGGACAGAUGCCUAUCUGAAAUGGGACCCGACAGAUUACGGUGGAAUCGAGGAGAUCAUCGUUCCCUAUGCAUCCAUCUGGACGCCGGACAUCGUCCUCUUGAAUAGCGCGGCGACGAACUACGAGGAACGGCUGCUGAGGACGAACGCGAUCGUGAGCUGGACGGGGAAGGUGACCCUGCUCACCGGUGCGAUGUUCCGCUCGGUUUGCGACGUGGACGUCUCCUAUUUCCCAUUCGACACGCAGAACUGCUCGAUGCGGUUUGGGUCAUGGUGCCAGGACGUGACCAAGAUUCAGAUGGAAUCGGACUACAACGCUACGUUGGAGCUGGGAACGUAUAUUGAGAGCCAGGAGUUCUCAUUGGAAUCUUACAAGGCAGAGAAGAUAUUGAACUCGGAUCCGUGUUGUCCGAAUCCCUUCGACAAUGUCAACUAUGUGAUUCUGAUGAAGCGCCGCACGUUUUUCUUCUUCGUGAGCUACGUCCUCCCCAUGGUCAUCAUCAACAUCCUUGCCCUUCUUGCGUUCCUGAUCCCGAGCGAGAGCGGGGCGAAGGUGACCCUGGGGAUCUCCGCCAUGCUCACGGCCAUCGUAUUCCUCAUGACCAUCCGCGAUAUCCUCCCACCCUCCGAGAAUAUGCCUCUACUUGGGAAAUACUACUGCGCCAGCAUCUGCCUGGUGUCGUUAGAAGUGGCGUUGUGCGUCUUCACCGUAUCCAUCCAUCACCUGAAAGACAUUCGGUUAUCCCUUCGGAUCCAGAACGCUUGUCGGCUUUUGGCCAAACUGACGUGCAUGAAGGAGCCACGAUUCCACAACGUGAUUCUGGCGUGCGAGAGCAAGAGGGGGAAGAAUGAAUUCUCAGACGGGAUACGAGCUACUUCCCACUUUGGAGGAAGGCUGAAGUCGAGUAGACGCCAUGCUUGGAAGGGCCCAUUCAAACCUAUGAGCAAGGAACCGAUGAGUUCUGCUAGAGAUCUGCGCAGUAUGAACCCAUUCAUUGACUAA